CCACCCCUGCCCCUCUUUCAAUAAAGCCGCGUCUUUCGCCUCUGCCUUCGGUGCUGCGCCCUCGAGGUCCUUCUUCCGACAGACAAGAGAGAAGCGAGAGUGCAGAGCCCAGGUCGGGGGAGGAGGGAAAGCAGGGCAAGGGACGCCUCUGGCCCGCACCUCAGGGCACAGGAGAGGGAGAGGAAACAGGGAGGAAAGGGAGAUAAGGGAGACCGAGAAGAGGGGAGAGAGAGAGACGGAAAGAGAGUGUGCAAGGGACGCCUCUGUCCCGCACCUCAGGGCACAGGAGAGAGAGGAAGAGGAGAGGGAGAGGAAACAGGGAGGAAAGGGAAAUAAGGGAGAGAGAAGAGGGGGGGAGAGAGACGGGAAAGUGUGUGCAAGGGACGACAGGAGAAGAAAGGAGGAGAGAGAUUGUGUAAGGGACGCCUCUGGGCACAGAAAAGAGAGGAGAGGGAGGAAAGGGAGAGGAGAGGGAGUCAGAGAAGAAAGGGGGAGAGAAGGGAGCGAGAGAGACGGGAGAGUGCGCAAGGGACGCCUGUGUCCCGCACUUCAGGAAACAGGAAAGAGAGAGGGAGUGAAGAAGGGAGAAAGGGAGAGGGGGGGGGGUAGGAGAGAGAAAGAGAGACGGGAGAGAGAGAGAGUCCAAGGGACGCCUGUGUCCCGCACCUCAGGCAUAGGAGAGAGGGAGACAGAGCGGAAAGGGAGAAAAGGGAGAGUGAGAGAGAGAAGAGGGAGAGGGGAGAGAUAAGCGAGUGCAAGGGACGCCUCAGUUCCGCAGCUCAGGGCAGAGAAGAGAGAGAGAGAGAGGGGAGGGGCCCAGAGGGGGAGGGGCUCGGGCGCGCGAAUCCUUUUGGCGCCCUCUCCUUUGCCCAGGAGCAGGAGCGAGAGGAGAGAGCCACCACCAGGCGAGGACUCAGGAGGAGGAAGCACCUUACAGCGGGACCUCUCCCCGGCCAGCCCCUUCUCCACACACAGCAGGAGGGAGAGAAAGAGAAGGCAGCGAGGGAGGAGGAGGAGGAGGCACCCGUGAAGGCACCUCAUCCCCACGCGAGUCUGCCCCGCCAGCGGACAUAAGCGAGGGAAGAGGGCGAGGAAGCGAGCGACCCCUGAAGAGGCGGAAGGGGAGAAGAGAGCAGGACACCGCGAGCGAGACCCACGAGAGUCCCUUCAGGGAAAUCCGCGGAAAGUCCUCUGACUGGCUGGGGAGGAGGCACCUGAGGCACACGCGACUCCCUUUGGGCACAGAGGGUGCUUCGAGAGGCGGGAACUCGGAGCGGGACUGACUCCACAGUUGAAGGAGAGGAGAGGCCCCGUGAGAGGGACAGCAGCGAGAGAAGAGAGCGCUGACAGAGGAGAGGAACUUGCCCCACAGUUGAAGGGAGAGGAGAGGAAGCCUUGAGAGGGCUCUCUCUCUCUCUCCCAGGCGCCUUGCCCUCCUGGUCCUCUUCCUCCUCCGCCUGCUGCCCGCCGCAUGAGUCUCUCUGGGCCGUUUCCCCGCUGCCUCCCGGUGCCUCCCGCCCCGUCUCCUGGUCCUUCUUCCUCCUCUUCCUCUUCCCUCGGCCAUGAACGGCUCUUCGGCGUGGGCGCCGCUGGGCAACCAGACGGAGGCGGCGGGCCUGCUGUGGGCCAACAGCAGUGAGGCGCUGGGCCGGGCGCUGCGCUCCUCCUUCACGCCGCGCUCCGUGGUGAGCGACGACGGCUUCGUGGUGGCGGCGCCCGACGAGCGGAGCCUGUACAUCAUGCGCGUGGUGCAGAUCGCCGUCAUGUGCGUCCUCUCGCUCACCGUCGUCUUCGGCAUCUUCUUCCUCGGCUGCAACCUCCUCAUCAAGUCCGAGGGCAUGAUCAACUUCCUGGUCAAGGACCGGCGGCCCUCCAAGGAGGUGGAGGCCGUCGUGGUGGGGCCUUACUGACCCCGGGCUCGCUGCCUUCUCCUGGGAAGACUCUUCGGGGGAGAGCCGAGGCACCGGCGCCAGCCCCAUCCUUUCCCUCCUGCAGCAGCAGCAUCCAAGGCAUUCCUGCGCUAAGUAGGAAGCUGGGCGUUUGACUGCUUAAAUGGGGGUGGAUAACAAGGGUUUUCCCCCUCUUCUUCCACUCAACCUCUUGGGAAGUGAAGGAACGUUUCUGGGACAGAGUUUGGGGAAACCAGGAUUGACUGGAGUGGAAGACUGAAAAGACAGAACUGUGUGUAUGAGAAAGUCAUGAACGCAGCCAGGAAGCCUUUCCAUCUGAAUUGUGGGUUGCUGUGAGUUUUCCAGGCUGUAUGGUCAUGUUCCAGAGACAUUUUCUCCUGACGUUUCACCCACAUCUAUGGCAAGCAUCCUCAGAGGUUGUGAGGUCUGUUAGAAACUAGACUCUUCUCUGUGUAGUCUGGCAUGGUGGUUGUUAGAGUGGUCCAGCAUUUCUGUGGAAGGCAUCCUCGGAGGUUGUGAGAUCUGUUGGAAACUAGGCAAGGGAGGUUUAUAUAUCUGUGGAAGGUCCAGAAUGCUACAAAGAACUCUUGUCUGUUUGAGGCAAGUGUGAAUGUUGCAAUUGGCCACCUUGAUUAGCAUUGUAUAGCCUUGCAGCUUCAAGAUCUGGCUGUUUACUGUCUGGGAGAAUAAUUGCUGAGAGGUGCUAGCUGGCCCUGAUUGAUUAACAUCUGGAAUUCCCCUGUUUUCAGAGUCUUGCUCUUUAUUUACUGUCCUGAUUUUAGAGGGUUUUUUUUAAUACUGGUAGGCAGAUUUUAUUAAUUUUCCAGCAGACCUCACAACUUCUGAGGAUGCCUGCCAGAGAUGUGGGUGAAACAUCAGGAGAGAAUGCUUCUGGAAUGUGACCAUGCAGCCCGGAAAACUCACAGCAACCCAGUGAUGCUGGUCAUGAAAGCCUUCGACAACAAACCUAAAUUGUGUGUCUUGUAAAUAUGGUAGCAAUGUGAAUGCACAUGGAGGAAACAUUCCCAACUUUGCUGCUUUGUUUUUAAAGGGAGAGGGGUGGGGGUUGUUGACAGUGAAAAGGAGAUGGAGUCAAUGGAUCCUGGAGUUGAUUGUAAAACCAUUCCUCUCUCUCCUGUAAAGAGUGUGAAUGUGAAGGGUAGGGCAUGCACAUCAUCCAUCAAAUUGUGGUGCUUUUGGGGUGUUUGUGUCUGUGUUUUCCUCUUAGAUCCAGUUUUCAACUCGUCUGCGACAGGAAUGGCAGUACCUCUGUUGUCCCAAUGACAUGGUUUCUGAACCAUCUACUUUUUACUGUAACUUUCACCUUUUGAAACAUGUAUUCCAUCGGGGUCUGGUUUGUAUUUUGUACCGAUCACUUCUUGACGCUUAUUUGCUGCUGCUGCUGCUGCUAAAAAAAAAAAAGCCCAUGUGCUUGACUGCUGCACCCGUGACUUUAUAAAUUUCACUGGUUUACAUUGCCCAAAAAAGUGCUCUGAUGGUUCUUUCUUUCUUAUUUAAUUUGCUUAAUAAAAUCUAUCUGAAUCUUC